AUGGCUACCACAGACCCUUUCGGGGCUCGUCCUGCCCGUCGUCUGGACAGCCUCGACGCUUCUCGGGCCGACCUUUACGGUGGUCCUAGUGUUCUUCUUCCUCCCAAGCACUUGAUGGCCUCGAGUGACAAUAAUACUGCCAUGGAGAUUGAAAAUGCCCGGCAUCAUCUGGACGAGGAGGUCUCCUCUGAGGAUGGCUCCCCUCAGUUUGCUUCAUCCCCUGUCUCUAGGCCUGCUGUGUCCACUACGGAUGAAUUUGCAUUGGCCUUUGACAUUGACGGUGUCCUCAUUAGAGGAGGUAAGCCUAUUCCUGAGGCCGUUGAUGCCCUCAAGUACAUCAAUGGUGAAAAUCCGUAUGGCAUUAAGGUUCCCUACAUCUUCGUGACCAAUGGUGGUGGCAAAACAGAAGAGGAACGAUGCAUUGAUCUCAGUAAACAACUCGAUUUGGACGUCUCUACCGGUCAAUUCAUCUGUGGUCAUACUCCCAUGCGGGAAAUGGCCGAGAAAUACAAUACCGUGCUUGUCGUGGGUGGUGAGGGAGAAAAGUGCCGUGUCGUCGCCGAGGGCUACGGCUUCAAGGAUGUCGUCACCCCGGGAGAUAUCAUCAAGACACGACACGACACAACCCCGUUCCGGAAAUUGACUGAUGAGGAGUUUGAGAACUCGCGAGUCCGAGACUUUUCUCACUCCAACAUUGAGGCCAUCUUUGUCUUUGCUGACAGUAGAGAUUGGGCCGGUGACCAACAAAUCAUUCUCGACUGUCUCAUGUCCAAGAAUGGUUGGCUGGGUACUCGUUCUGAGACCAUGGACGAGGGCCCUCCCGUCUUCUUCUCCCACAACGAUGUCGUCUGGUCUACCUCCCAUGAACACUCUCGCAUUGGUAUGGGUGCCCUCCGGGCCUCCCUCGAGGCCGUCUACAAAGCCAUCUCAGGCAAGGACCUGUCCACCAUUGCCUUUGGGAAACCUCAGCUCGGAACAUAUCACUUCGCCACCCGUCUUCUCCAGCAGUGGCGCAAGGAUAACCACGGAAUCAACAAGCCUCCUCGCACCGUCUACUUUGUAGGUGACACGCCCGACUCCGACAUCCGCGGCACCAACGAGUUCGACAAGAUUAGCGAGGCCAACUGGUACUCCCUUCUCGUCAAGACCGGCGUCUACCAAGACGGUACUAUUCCACGCUUCCCACCUAAGAAAACAUGCAACAAUGUUCUGGAUGCCGUCAAGUUUGCCGUCGAGCGCGAAAUCUCCAACAAAGAUGAACCGGUCGAUGUUGGUCUUGAUUCUGUUGCGCUCCGCAACUGA